AUGGAGGGCCGGCAUCUGGACGCGCUCCUCCGCUACCGUGAUGCUCUUCGUUCUUCUGCGUCGUCUUGUCCAGUCGACCCAUUCUUCGCCUUCCCCGCGGUGCUCAAGUCCUGCGCCGCCCUCUCCCUGCCCUCCGCCGUCGCCCAGCUCCACGCCCGCGCCGUCCGCUCCGGCUGCCACUCCCAUCCCUUCGUCCUCACCUCCCUCAUCUCCACCUACGCCCGCCUCUCCCUCCCCCACCUCGCCGCCGUCCUGCUCCCCCCAGCAUCUUCCUCUUCCUCCUCCACCUUGACGGUGUGCUACAACGCGCUUAUCUCUGGUUUCGCCGUCAAUGGCCUACAUAUCUCAGCCCUCUCCCUUUUCCGGCGGAUGCUCCGUUGCGGCGCUUCCUUCAACUCCAUCACUAUGCUCGGGCUCCUCCCCUGCGGUCCUCAUCUCCCUCUUCGUCCCCUCUCCGGCUGCUCCGCCCUCCACGCUUGCAACGUCAAGGCCGGCACCGACGUCGACCCCGCCGUCGCGAACUGCCUCAUCACGAUGUACGCCCGCUGCGGCGCCGUCGACCUCGCCCGCCGGGUCUUCGACUGCGCAAACUCGGCGGCGGCGGCGGCGGCGGCGGCGGCACCGCCGCUGCCGACUGGGGAGAGGGACGCCCACGCCCUUGUCCGGUGGAACUCCAUGGUCUCCGCCUACGCCCAGAACGGCCUGGCGGCGGAGGCCCUCGAGCUAUACCAGGAGAUGGUGGAGCGGGCCGGCGUGGAGCCCGACGCCGUCACCAUGGUGGGGGUCCUCUCCUGCUGCGCCAACCUCGGCGCGCCGGCGGUGGCGCGCGAGGUGGAGCAGAGAAUCUCCGGCGACCCCUCCUUUUCCACCAACACCUUCCUGCUUAAUGCACUGAUAAACAUGAACGCUCGGUGCGGCAAUCUUCCCCGCGCCCAGAAGCUGUUCGACGAAAUGCCCCAUAGAACUGUGGUCUCCUGGACCGCCAUCAUCUCCGGGUACGGCAUCCACGGCGAGGGGAGGAAGGCUGCGGAACUCUUCGACAAGAUGCUCGCCGCCGGCGUCCGGCCGGACGGGGUUGUCAUGGUGAGCGUCCUCGCGGCGUGCAGCCACGCCGGGCUGACGGAGGAGGGGCUACGCCAUUUCCGGCGCAUGGAGGGCGCCCACGGCCUGGCCCCCGGCACGGAGCACUAUGCCUGCGUAGUCGACCUGCUGGGGCGCGCCGGCCGCCUGCAGGAGGCGCAGCGGGUGAUCAGCUCCAUGCCGGUGGCACCCGAUGGCGCCGUGUGGGGGGCGCUUCUCGGGGCCUGCAAGAUCCACCGCGACGUGGAGACGGCGGAGCUGGCCUUCCGCAACGUUGUGGCCCUCGAGCCGGGGAACGUCGGGUACUACGUGCUGAUGGCCAACAUCUACUCCGACGCUGGCAGGCUCGACGGCGCCGCCAGGGUCCGGGUGAUGAUGCGGCGGAGGGGGCUGAGGAAGGAGCCCGGGGUAAGCUACGUGGAGCACGGCGGGAGUGUCCACACCUUCUUCGCCGACGACGGGUCGCACCCUCAGGCAGGGGAGAUCCACCGGCUGGUGGGGGAGCUGGAGGCCCUCGUCGGCGGCGGCGGAGGAGCUGGACGGCACAGCGAGAGACUCGCCGUCGCGUUUGCGUUGAUGAACUCGGAACCGGGGGAAAAACUGGUGGUGAUCAAGAACCUGAGAGUGUGCGAAGACUGCCACAUGUUCCUCCGGCGGGUCAGCGCGGUGGUCGGCAGGGAGAUCACCGUCCGGGACGCCACCCGCUUCCACCAUUUCGCCGGCGGCGAGUGCUCCUGCAACGGCUACUGGUGA